UACUAUUCAAAAUGUGUUGAUACUUCCUGUUUUCAUUUUUCAUAUGACAUUUGAGAAAAUUUAUCUCGAAAGAAGGGAAAACCUUCAGUAGUGCCACGUCAGGAUAACAGCUGUAGAUAAACACCUGCCGAUUCUUACCAAACAACAUAAACACAUCACGCGUCAUGGAGAGCAAAUAUAAUCUGAAGAGUCCAGCUGUGAAGAGGUUGAUGAAAGAGGCUGCAGAACUGCGGGACCCCACAGAACAUUAUCACGCUCAACCACUGGAGGAUAACCUGUUUGAAUGGCACUUCUCUGUUAGAGGACCUCCAGAUUCAGACUUUGAUGGUGGAGUCUAUCACGGUCGGAUUGUGCUUCCCCCCGAAUACCCAAUGAAACCACCCAGCAUCAUUCUGCUCACUCCCAAUGGAAGGUUUGAAGUUGGGAAGAAGAUCUGUCUUAGCAUUUCUGGUCACCAUCCAGAGACCUGGCAGCCAUCAUGGAGCAUUCGUACAGCAUUAAUAGCGAUCAUUGGAUUCAUGCCAACUAAAGGUGAAGGAGCGAUAGGAUCUCUGGAUUAUACUCCUGAAGAAAGGAAAGCCCUCGCUAAAAAGUCUCAGGAUUUCUGCUGUGAUGUUUGUGGCAGCUCAAUGCGCUCUGCUCUUCAGGCUUUAUCUCCUAACAGUGACCCUCGACCCGCUGACGCUCAGGCACAGAGACUGGCGCAGCAGAUCAGCUUUAAGGCUGAAUCCAGCUCAAGCAGUGGAAGUACAGCAGCAGGUUCCAGCAAAACUGACCUGCACGACACAAGCAGUUCGACCAAGGACGACAGAGAGCCGGAGGACUCAUCAUCAGCUGAGCAGUCUGAAUCGGCCUCUGUGGCACCUCAAACCCCAAGUGAAGGUCCAUCUUCUUCAACAGCACCGAGUCCACGGCAGCGACGCACGCAGAACCAACCCCAGCCCUUGAGAUAUCCCACCUUUACAGCAUCACCCGUAGUCCAGCAUCCUCCACAGGACACCAGUCACACGGGCUCAGCCGUCCUGAUCGUCCUCCUCACGCUCGCUUUAGCUGCGCUCAUCUUCCGCCGAAUCUACCUGGCCCACGAGUAUAAGUUUGAUUACGAGCUGUGAACUGUAAACCUGCUCCAAUGCUUUCCAGAUCUUACGUCCUCCUCUCAGCCGGGACAUCUGACUGUCUGUCCCGCAUUCAUCUCCGCUUAACUCCCCUCUGCAUCUUUUAAAAAAGGGGACAUGCUUGCCACAGACAUGUUUAGGUCAACCCAAAAAAAUGCUAUUAUGCUUUGCUUUAAGAAAAUGAAGCAUGAUUGAAGGACCAUUCAGAAUUUUUGCUUUGUGAAAUUAUUUUCAUGACAGUUAAGUAUGAUAUUGAGCAUUUAUGAUAGCAUUUGUUGUAUUUCCUUUAAUUUAUAAGGAUUUUAAUUAUUAAACUUAAAAUAAACAUCAAGACACAUUACAGUAAUGACAUUUUUUUAUUCUUAUUUGUCAUGAAAAUAAUGUGACAUUGCAAGAAAUGUUUUAAUUGUGUAUAUUUUGUGAAGUAUAUUAGUAUAUGAGACUACUAUUUCCACUUUCUAAUAUUGCUUUUUAGAAAGCAUAGUUAUAGUAACAGAGCAACUAACUGAAACCUGAAGACGUAGGUGGUGCUCAGUGUUUCAGAAUGAAACAUUUACAGACAUUACAAUCAUGUAGACGUAUGGUUGUAAGAUUUUGUUUUUAAACGGUCAAUAAUGCACAAUACUGAAGCGCAAUUUUCUCAUCACUUGGUUAUUCAGUUUGACACCAAAAUGUUUUUAUAUUUUACACACAAAUCUUGAAACUCUGGAGGUUUAAGCCCAGCGACCUAACUGAACUGUUAAUGUUGUAAACUUAACACCUGUUACCCAUAUUUAAACAUAGGCCACUAUGAAACUAUAAGGCAAUACUUUUCAUAAUGUGUAAGUGGACAUAUAAUGUAAUAAAUUGAUGUAUACAUAA